AUGGUAAAAAAUUCAGUAAUUUCGAUUAUUUCUCAAAAAGAAAACGAAGAAAAUAAAGGGUCUGUUGAAUUUCAAGUAUUCAGUUUCACCACGAAGAUAAGGAGACUUACUUCACAUUUGGAAUUGCACAAAAAAGACUUUUCAUCUCAGAGAGGUUUGCGCAAAAUUUUGGGAAAACGUCAACGACUACUAGCCUAUUUGUCAAAAAGAAGGAGAGGACGCUAUAAAGAAUUAAUUGAUGAGUUGGAUAUUCGAGAAAUAAAAACGCGUUAA